CCUCCUGCUUUCGUCCUCCACCUUGCCGCCUGCCGCGUGCCCAGCAAACCCAAUUGUCCGAGCCCACCCUCGGUACAUGAUCUUUACGCAAAACACCCGCGACGAUUACCUCAGCGACCUCGUUUUCUCUCUCCUCAGUCUCUGAUACCGUGUCGCGCUACAACAUGUUCACUCGACCUAUCAUCCGCAUUCCUCAGCUCUACAAGGGCUUCCGGGGUAUGGCGACGCACGCGUCGACCGUCCCUGGUGUUCUUCACCUCAAAUCCGGGCAGUCGUUCACUGGGCGGUCUUUCGGCGCCCCGAAAAGCAUCUUCGCUGAGACCGUGUUCUCAACGUCUAUUACCUCUUACACCGAAUCCAUGACCGAUCCUUCAUACCGUGGCCAAAUCCUAGUCUUCACUACUCCCCUCAUCGGUAACUACGGCGUACCCGCAAACGAGGCCCCUUGCGACUCCCGCGACGUUGGGGUCGUUCUGGAGUCGAAGGGCAUCCAGUGCGCAGGCGUCAUCGUCGCUGACGUCGCCGACCGCUACUCCCACCACUCCGCCGUCGAGUCAAUUGCAUCCUGGUGCCAGCGUCAUGGGGUCCCUGGCAUCAGCGGGAUUGACACGCGCGCUGUCACCACCCUCCUUCGUGACCAGGGUACCACCCUGGGUCGCAUGGCCAUUGGCGCCGACGCGUCCCUUGCGCCUCCUGCGGCCGAAGAGUACUGGGACCCCACGGGUGAGAAUCUCGUCGACCAGGUGUCCACCAAGGAGCCCUACGUUCUCAACCCUGCUGGCGACGUCAGCAUCGCCGUCCUCGACUUCGGCGCGAAGGCCAACAUUCUGCGCUCGCUCGUCCGCCGCGGCGCGAAGGUUACCGUGCUCCCGUGGAAUUACGACUUUAACGCUGUGCGCGACAAGUACGACGGCCUCUUCCUCUCCAACGGCCCCGGUGACCCCGCGCAUUGCAUGGACGCCGCGCUUAACCUGCGCAAGACGAUGGCCGAGUGGGACAAGCCCGUCUUUGGUAUCUGCAUGGGGCACCAGAUCAUCGGUAUGGCUGCCGGCCUCGACGCGUACCGCAUGACCUUUGGCAACCGUGGGCACAAUCAGCCGGUGCUUGCGCUCGCGUCGUCGGGUUCCAUCCAGGCCGGUCGCGUCUAUGUGACGAGUCAGAACCACCAGUACGCUCUCAAGCUGCAGGAUCCGUUCCCAGGCGGCUGGGAGCCGUUCUUCAUCAACUGCAACGACUCCUCGGUGGAGGGAAUUAAGUCGACCGCUGACUCGGGUCGCAAGGUGUGGGGCGUGCAGUUCCACCCUGAGAGCGCCGGCGGACCGCUGGACACCAUCGAGAUGUUUACCGACUUCGUCUCCGAAUGCCGCGCGCACAAGUUAUCUAUCCCUGCUGCCAAGGGCCGCGCACCCAUGGCCGACCGCACCAAUGUCGACCUCCCUCGGGACCUGCCCAAGGAGGCGACGCCUCAAGCGGCACACGCAUAAUGUUUUGUCUUUCUGUUUAUCUUGUGGAUGGGAUGUAUCGUAACUGAAAUGUAAUAUAAAUCUAGGCGUAUGACAUAGAGUACACUCGUAGGGCUGCAAACAUAGAUCCUUCAUAUUCGUGAACAAA